UCUUCUUUUCACUCAUUAAUUUAACAACUAAAAAUUAUGGGUUUGUAGUUUCUAUUUUCCUUUCUUCUCUUUUUUCCCCUUUUAUAUUCAAUCUUUUAAGAAGCUGCCAAAAGGGUGUUAAACUGUGGAGAUAAUGGUCUAUAAAUACUAAAAUUUGAGUCAUUUUCUCCCAAAUCUUCAUACUUUAAGGUUUAAACACAAAGAAGAAGAAUUGAAGUGAUCAACAAAAUUAAUUCAUGGCAAUGAAGAGCUGGUGCAAUAUUGUGCAGCUUUGCAAUAAGUUUAGGCCACAUCUACUGAUGCUUCUUGCUCAGGUUGGCUAUACAUUUCUUUACAUCAUCACUGAAGCUUCCUUCAAUCAUGGUAUGAAUCCUCACGUCUACGUAACUUAUCGACACGUUGUCGCUAGUGUCGUGAUAAUUCCUUUUGCAUACUUUCUUGAAAGAAAAAAGAGGCCAAAGUUGACAUUAGCCCUUUUUGUUGAGAUAUUCAUUCUAUCUCUCCUUGGGGUGAGUUUAACACUGAACAUGUAUUUUGCAAGCUUGAAAUACACAUCGUCAACUUUUGUUGCAUCAGUACUUAACACAGUAGCUGCCGUGACUUUUGUAAUUGCAAUUGCACUCAGAUUGGAGAGUCUUAAUCUUCGAAAUCCUCGAGGAAUCGCGAAACUUCUCGGGACUUUGGUCUCGUUAGCCGGUGCAACGACUAUGACAUUAUAUAAGGGUCCUAUAAUGAAACAUUUUGCGCAUGCUCCUAUACAUAUUCAAACAAAUUCUGCCACCGACCACGAGAACUGGCUAAAGGGUUCGAUUCUUGCUGUUGCAAGCUGCAUAACUUGGUCGGUCUGGUAUAUUAUGCAGGCAGUGACAUUGAAAAGGUAUCCUGCUCAACUAUCGCUUACUGCGUGGAUGAGUUUGGUUGGGGCGGCACAGUCAGCUUUCUUCACGGUAAUUGUAGUACAUAGAAAAGCUGCUUGGACAGUGGGGUUCAAUGUCGAUUUGUUGGCAAUUGUAUACGGUGGAGUGGUGAUGUCUGGUGCAGUAGUUUUCAUUCAGCUGUGGUGCACAGAAGUAAAAGGACCAGUUUUUAUUACCGUGUUCAAUCCGGUUUCGACGAUAUUAGUUGCACUUAUUGCAUACUUUAUUCUCGGCGAAAAACUGUACCUGGGCAGCAUCAUAGGAGCUUUCGUCGUAAUCUUCGGAUUAUAUUUGCUGUUGUGGGGUAAAGAAGGUGAUCAGCCAUAUAACAGCAAAUCAAAUGAUCAAUCGAAUUCGACUUACGAUGGACAAAACGAUGCUUCUAUAGAAAUUAGAGUAGCACCAGCUCAUCCAUGACAUCUAAAUUAAUCCUCCUAUUAACGAUCGAUGCCCAAUUAAGAUCUCCGAACAUUUGUAAGAUAUUCAGAAAAGUGAGAAAACCACUCCUGGUGAGCUAACAUGAGAUAAGCAUUCCAUGUAAGAAUAUGCUGCUUGAUUCGCAGAUCGCCUUCCGGUAGCUACAGACCUCAUGGCCGCUCUUCCCACAUUCGUACCUUGCCAUGCUAACAAUUGAACUCAGCAGCGUUCCGUACUGACUCCACCAAACCAUUCUUCUUCGACCAGACUGCACUGUUCCAGUUAGACCAAAGGUUCCAACCAACAAACCAUGACAGCUAAACAGACAUCAUCUUGUACAAGAACAGUCAUCCAAUUCUGUCUCAGUUAAUUAGUUCAAUUAUUGCUAUAAUUUUUGUUUAUAUCUCUGCAUUAUCGUUAUGAGAUUAAUUGAAUUUAGCUUCGUAACUCCAUUACCUAUGGAUCAUUAGCAUAAUAAGAGCUCACAUGGCAAUGGUUCUCCGUAUCCAUAGCUUAACUAAUUAUCCUAUAUUUUUAUUAUUAAUAAUUAAUGUUAAUAAAAUUAAAUUUGGUUA